AUGCAAAUGUUCAGAAGCUAUUCUAGAUUAUUUGAUUUAAAGGCAUCAAGUAGAAGUGCUAGUUAUAAUCAAUCAAAUGGUUUAUAUUUUAAUGGUUCUUUUUCAGGAGACCUGGUUUGUCAUCCGGAUGAGUUUACUUGCUCCAGUGGGAGAUGCGUUUCAAAAACAUUUGUCUGCAAUGGUGCUGAUGAAUGUGGUGAUGGAAGUGAUGAAGGUGGCUGUGUUGCACAUUCUUGUACCUCACAUGAGUUUUUGUGCAAUAGUUCAGAAUGUAUCCCCCUGAACUGGAUGUGUGAUGCACAUGCUGAUUGUGCUGACCGAUCGGAUGAAUCUCCAGUCAACUGUGGCCAUGUUCUCACAUCAGUUGUGACGUGUCCCCCCAAUGAGUUCCCCUGUGGUUCUGGUGAAUGCACUUAUCAUCUCUGGGUCUGUGAUGGUGAUAAUGACUGCGAAGAUGGAAGUGAUGAAGCCAAUUGUUCACUUCCGAACUGUAAACCUGAUUAUUUCAAAUGUGGUGGCAGUUGUAUUCCUGAAAGCAAGAAAUGUGACGGUUUUAAGGAUUGCACCGAUGGUAGUGAUGAAUUUGACUGCAAGAACUGCACUGGGCCUUUUGAUUUCCGAUGCCGAAGUGGAGAAUGCAUAAAUGUCACCAAAUUGUGUAACCAGAUACAAGAUUGCAAGGACAGGAGUGACGAACCUCUUGAAAAAUGCAACUUAAAUGAAUGCUUGGUGGGCAAUGGUGGCUGUUCUUACAUCUGCAGAGAUCUUCCCAUUGGUUAUGAAUGUGAAUGUCCAGCUGGCUUUGAACUGGUUGAUGGAAAAUCCUGUGCAGAUAUUGAUGAAUGUCAGAAUCUAGAGACUUGCGAUCAAAUCUGCUUUAACUUGAAGGGCAGCUUUAAAUGCGAUUGCCAUGAAGGAUAUCACCUGGAUCUACUCAGUGGGGUUUGCAAAGCUCUAGGUGAUGAGCCGAGUGUGAUGUUUGUAAAUUGCCAUGAUAUCAGGAAAAUCGGAUUGCAUCACUUGGAAUACACUCGGGUGGUUGACCAGUUGAGAAAUGCUUUAGCACUUGAUGUUGACAUUGGAACUGGGAAAAUCUUCUGGGCUGACUUGGUACAUCAGGCAAUAUUCAGGUAAGACUUCGGUGGGUGGGGGGGAGAGAGUAAAUAUCACUUGGUUUAAACAGCAAUCUAAUUUUAUUACUUUGUAGUUCCAGUCGUGUAGUAUAAGUGUAGGCAGUCCUCCUGAUGCGUGAACAUGCCUGGGUGUGGUGAAGCUGGACAAGACUUUUGGAACAGCACAAUUCUAAACAUUUGCUACCUUUCAUAAAACUUUUGUAAAAUAUUGCAAAUAUGUAAACGAGAACCUACAAAACUAGGAUUAUAUAAAUGUGCCUAUUAUUAGCCCAGGCUCUGUGGAUACAACUCUACCUGGUGGUAGCUCUCGAUCUGUACAUCAUUGGAUCCUUUGCAAACUGCC